GCUCGCGUACGUGGAUAUAUAGGGUGGGCGCUUACUUGGGAUGCAGGGUGAGUGAGUGCUUGCAUGCAUAUAUGCUCUUGCACUGGUUGCAAUCACAAUUCAGAGCCGAAUCACGAAGGGUAAUUUGGCACACCACACCCUCCUGAAGCACGGCUUUGCGCAAGCGAGGUUGUGUCAAGCAGUCAUCACCACCUCCUAACCCUUCCGCCGCAGACCGCUAAUUCCUCGACCUGCGUCUCUGUGUCGACUGAAAGGCCUGCUGCUUUUAGCCUCCGAAUCCACUUUGACCCCCUUUGGCAGAAGCCGACCCAUCCGCCUCACCCUCUUGCAGAUCAGUCCAGCGAAGCGCAAUACUCACCAUCCCAGCUCUCGCCGUCCGUUCACCUUCCUCUUCGAGGUCGUGAAUAUGUCAUACAGCGCUGCAGACAUGUAUUCGUCGGGUGGCGGCGGAGGGGCCAGCAGAUCAAGCAUGAGGCAAUCGCAAUAUGGCCAGCCAACUACGGCUGCAUCAGGAUAUGCUAGGCCGCAAUCGGGCGCCAUGGGAAGGGCUCACCAGGCGAAUAGUACCAAUGCACAAGGCUGGGCGCAGCAGGACGAUUCAGACGGUGAUGACAGCGACGAUGACUGGAAUGUGUACGACGAUUUUAACAAUGCGGGCCCGCCCACCAAAGCGGCUCCUUCAAUGCUGCAGCGAUCGAACAGUGAUUUCGAUAAUUAUGGAGGAGCGACGCAGCCGUACAGGGACAUCGAGGCCGCGCCUGGCGCUCCCGACUUGCCGCCAGUUGAUAUCGCAGGUGCCCGCGGGGCGGGUGGCAACAGGCAAUCACGCGUUCAGUCAACGCUUCUCGAUCCCAGCGCUUUCGGAUUUGAUCCACGCGUUUCGGAUCCUAAGCGCAUGUCCGUCAUGGCCGACAACCCCAUGCCUAGUCGUCCAUCGGGUUACGAUGCCUACGGACCGCUCUACGAGUCGGAAGACACUGGCUCAAGAGCCAAGAUGCCAAGCACCCCUGGAGACAAGGCGGGCUCGGAGGGCAUCGAGCUCAUCACCGUGCCCGCUCUCGGCGCCGAAUAUACUGAUGAGGAACGUCGUCAAAUGCGCACCAGAGCCAAGAGAAAGAGCAAAGCGAAUGCGAAGAAGAGAAAGGUGCAGGAUGAGGCGGGCAAGUGGGCGAGGGGUGAGAAGAAGUACUUCGGAUGGCUUGGCCCUCGAGCUGCGGUGUUCCUAGGCUUCGCAUUUCUGGUGGUACUCGGCGUCACGCUCUAUUUCGUGAUACCAAGGGUGCCAACCUUCGGUCUGCGCACCUUGGAGCCAGUCACGGCGGUGCCAGAUGCUGGAGGCAUGUCCACCGGUGGACCGCCUGCCAACUUCAGCAUGACAAUGAACCUCAAUCUGCAGGCCAACAAUCGCGGAGGCUGGGUGACUAGUCAAGCUAGCGAUUUGGAAGUGAUUGUGACCGAUCUGAUGACUCACAAGAAAGUAGGAGAGGGCAAGAUGGCCAGUCUCGGCUUCAAAGGCAGAGACAAGACGCAAUUCGCUUUCCCGGUACAAUUUUCUUACAGCAGUCUGAACGCUACUGGCGACGCGACGUACCACAAUUGGCAGGAUGCCUGUGGGCCAAAGUAUGGUGGAGCGAAACGCCCCACGCUUAAUAUUGCCCUCACUCUUACGAUGAACAUCGCUGGCUUGAUUGGUCGUAAGGGAUCCAGUACGCAGCUCAAUUCGGUCGUCUGUCCCUUCGAGCUGACCAAUACUCAAAUUCAUUGAGACUUAUACUGCUGACUCGAUCGCGCCCAGUAUCUGCGUGCCUUUCUGCUAGGGAUCUCGCGAUCUUUUGUUCAGCCCGGCCCGUCUCGUCUCGCCUCGUUCUCCAGCUCACUGCCAAGCAAGCUUGUACAACCCAAGGUUCCCCUUAAGUCGAUCCUUUCUCGCAUGCUGUCUCUUACAGUUGGAUCAGUCCUCUAUGACUUUCCCGCUCUCACCAAUGAACAAUUGCUUUCACGAUCGAAGCG